AUGCAAGGUUUAUGGUCCCGCGUUGCUCCGACGAAGUCGAGCUGUCGAUGUGUUUCCUGUCUGAGCACCAGCGCAUCGGCAUUAACUUCGCGGACAACGACAGCAGCCAGCAAGAAACGCCUUCGACUCGGAAACUCCGUCACUGCUCUAUACACCAGCAUUUUUGCCGCAGCUGCUUUGGCGGAUGCCAAUGCGAAGGACAAGCGCCGACAUGAGUGGGCCGAGAAAAUCGCAGCCGUGCAGGAGGAGGUGAAUGAGCUAGUGGAUGAAGAACAUCGGCUUCUAGAAGCUAUUCAGGCGCGGAGAAAAAGGACGGUAUCCAAUGGAGCGUUGCAAAUGCGCUCGUUUAGCAGCCUGGGAUCAUUUCCUGUCCCGACAAUCCCAUCUCGUCGAUCAAUUCAUACAACACGAGAUUUACGAUUAGAUCAGUCGAGUCAGCUCGUCGAAGAUGUAGCUGACCCGGAGUCUUCUAAUCGCCUCAUCCAGAGCUCUAUCUUUGCACAGCGCAGUCAAACCCUUGAGAAUAUAGAAAUGGAACAACACAAUCGACUUGUUCGGAAUAUGAUGCCCGAAAAUGAGGAUGAUCUUGAAGAUGAGGCCCCAAUAUCGGAGCAUGGGUUCUUCCUUGAUGGAAGUGACAUACCAAAGUGGUUAUCGGGUGACGCGGUUCGACAGAAGGCCAUACGGAAACUUGCGCUCAAACAAUUGGCAAUUCGACUUUUGCUUCGACAGUCAAUCGCGCACAACUACGCUGGCGUCCCGAUGAUGUACACAGCAGACUUCGACCUACCCCAACUCAACUUCGCGGAGUUACUGGCCGAACUGAACACCCUUCGGCGCAGAAUUCGUCUUCUGAAGACAAAUGAAAGCGCAUUUUAUGACGAUCUGGCCAAGGAGCUUCGCGUACAGCCAAUCAAGGAGAUGCAGCAGGAGCGCGAGAAGCUGGAUAACGAGAUGGAGCGAGAUAUCUCCUUGUUUUUCAGAGAUAAAAUGUCCCUUCCCGAAUUACUCUUACGAUUCGCGAAUAACCUACUACAGUCCACAGAUCCGGAUCGGUCCUACUGUAUGAAGCUGAUGAUUUUGGCCUUCACCAAGACUCAUCAGACUGAUUUAGUGGAAUUGAUACUCAAAACAAUCCUACCCCACAAAUUUCCUCUCAACUCAUCUCUGAUCAUCUCAAUCUUGACUUUCUUCAGAAAAACCAAGAAUCUCAAGGGGUUUGAUUCCUUCCUCGAGAUGCUUCGGGGUGAUGGCUAUCCCGUGGAUCUGGGCAGAUUGAGUUUCUACAAGCGACAGGUUGUUAAUGGUGUUGAAAUCACUGUACCGCCUGUUUCUAGCGCGAAUCCUGUUAUCUACACAACUCUCGUUACUGCUGCCUUGCGCUUCGAUCAACCUGAUCGAGCCGACGCUUGGCUACAAGCAGGCAGGCAACACGGCCUCGCGGAUGAUUUCUCGACUCUGUACGCAUAUUUGAAGUUUAAUGCUAUUAGAGCUGACUGGAGAAAUGGCGUGUAUACACUGAGGAGAUCACUAGCCUUCCUAACUUCCACGAGCCUACACUCGCAGCGCCAUGUCGAGAGACUGAUUGUGUUAAUGGUGCAACUUUGCGAUACCUGUGGCAAAUGGGAGGUCUCGGAUGCCCUGAUCUCUGCUGCAAUCAAUAGUGGCUUUGACUGGGCAAGCGCCGCUGAACAUCAGGAGGACGUUGAUGUAACGAAGGAUCCUCGGUUUGAACACUGGCAGAAGAAAGCCGACGCAUCGGCCCCAGGGAAUAAAAUUAAGCCUGUGUGGGAAAAGUGCUUCAAGUUUGCCAGUAUACUUGGCGAGCAAAUGGAAGACCUUAUUAUAUCAGAGGAAAGAGAUCCUGCUAUCCGUUGGCAAAGGAUGGUCGGCCUGUACUCGCGAGACGUGUUGUCCGCUAUGCUUGCUGGUCCUCUUGACAAAUACAGAGAAUCCCAGCCUAGUGAUCCAGCUCCCCCACGGGUGUAUGAUCCGGAAGACGCUAAAUUCCUCGAGCAUGUUGACAGUGGCCGUCUUGACGCUUUCACUGCAACAAAUUCAAUCGCACAAAAGCGACAGCAACAAGAAAUCGAUGCCCUGAGGGUCGAAAUAACACAAUUGAAAAACAUAGUCUCGCAGCUGCGCCAAACUGCUAUUCAGCGCACGAGCCAUGGCAGUCCCAGAGAUUCAUGGCGUCCCAGAAACCGCGCAAGAGAUCCCCCGGCCACGCAAGCGAGCGAGCCAGCUCCUGCAAGCAACAAUAAUACCAACCGCUUUCAAAACACAGAGCGCGGGCCACUUAAGCCGUUCAGCGUACGGUUUCUGGCAAGCGAUUGA